AUUGACUGUCAUAUGGCCUCGCGAUAACCGCCUUUGUGGUCAUUAUCUACCCUUUCAUCAGUGAAAGCUGACUUUACUUAUGUGAAGCUCACUGUCGCGCUGCUCGUGUUAAGUAGCUGAGAUUAAACAUGGCUGUUAAUUGGGUUUUUCCGCUGUGAAUAACCGCAGGCUGGGGAGACGAGCAGCCCCGCGGGCCGGUGCUCUCUCUCCUCGGUUAGUAUCCACUCUCUGGUGGUAGUGGGAGGCAGUAACAGACUUGAUUAUUUUCGUCUGUCUGAGCCUCCUCCGCCACCACGAGAGCCCGUUUCUUUUGUGCUCCUUCAUAGCGCCUCGCGGGGCUGCCGCUCGGCCGCGCGCACGCACGCGGAUCUGCAGAAUCCAUGCAGCUCCUCCUCGAGGGGGUCGCGGUGACUGAGAGCCCCCACCCCCCUCGUCUCUCUCUCUCCCUCUCUCUCUCUCUCUCUCUCUCUCCCCCCGGCUCCUCCUGCGCCCGCCCCGGCACCGAUUGUUGACAAAAGACGCUACUGGACGGAGUGAAGGAACCCAGACCCCGGUACCGGUGAGCAGAUCUGCCCGUUAACUUGACUUCUUUACCAUAACAGCUCGAGGAGGAGAAGAUCGGGACGAAGGGGUGAGGGGGGGGACGAGGACUCUUCCGCUCCUAGAAAACCGUGUGGCCGAGGUGAUUCGGUUGUCGGUGGUGGUCGGACCGCAUCGGGCCGGCGUGAAGUGGACGCCCCCACCUCCUCCCCUGUCCCUUCUCCUCUCUCCUUCCUGAAAACCACCAGCGACUGGUAUUUACCGACAAAACCAGCGGCCAAGAUGGGUCACUCACUGUGAGUGGAAGCGCCAGACCAGCGUUGCAGGAGGAGGCGGCGGCCUUGGGCAGGUCUAUUCAGCCGGGAAUGGUGUGAAGUGAGACGGUCAGGCAGUCUGGAUCUGACCGGGGACCCGUCAUUCCCCCGGAGCCUCCGCGGCUCCAAGCCGCGUCCUGAGCCCUCCAAGAUGGGGAAGUGCGACGGCAGAUGCACGCUGCUGGUGAUAUGUUCACUGCAGUUGGUGGCAGCCCUCCAGAGGCAGGUGUUUGAUUUUCUGGGUUACCAGUGGGCUCCCAUCCUAGCCAACUUCCUGCACAUUAUGGCCGUCAUCCUUGGCAUGUUCGGCACUGUGCAGUUUCGCUUCAGAUACCUCAUCUUUUAUGCAGUAUGGCUGGUCCUUUGGGUGGGCUGGAACUCCUUCAUCAUCUGUUUCUACCUGGAGGUUGGGAACCUGUCUCAGGACAGGGACUUUCUCAUGACGUUCAACACAUCCCUCCAUCGUUCGUGGUGGAUGGAGCAUGGUCCUGGUUGCCUGGUAACGCCUGUGCCAGACUCUCAUAUGGCCCCUGAUGACCACCAUGUGAUCACUGUCUCCGGGUGUCUCCUUGAUUACCAGUACAUCGAGGUGUUGAGUUCAGCCAUUCAGAUCCUGUUGGCGCUCUUUGGCUUCGUAUACGCCUGCUACGAGAGCAAAGUCUUCCAGGAUGACGAGGACAGCUUUGAUUUCAUUGGUGGUUUUGACUCUUACGGCUACCAGCCUCCUCAGAAGUCCUCUCAUCUGCAACUGCAGCCUCUUUACACGGCUGGUUAAUUGUUGGUAGCGCCCCCUUCAGGCCAAACCCUGACGGCGUCACUGUGGAUGGAAAUCGGCGGUCGCCCUGAUUACACUCACUCUGUGUGUCACAGUUUACCCGAGGAAUGGACUUAACCCCACCCAGAGGGAGAGACGUCUGUGUGUGUGUGUGUGUGUGUGUGUGUGUGUGUGUGUGCGUGUGUGUGUGUGUUUGUGCAUGUGUGCUUGUGUCUGAGAACGAGAAAUACAGCCCUGAUUAGAAUGUACAGAGCUCAGGGAAGAACCAGCAUGCCAGGUGGUGUGAGAAGAUGAAGGAGAAGCAGGAGGCAGGGGAGGGGAGAUACAGAGAACAAGAGCUGGGGACACCUCUGUCAAAUCACCGAGGACACACUUCACUAAACUGCCAGCUCUCAACACUCCCACAAGUGUGUGUGUGUGUGUGUGUGUGUGUGUGUGUGUGUGUGUGUGUGUGUGUGUGUGUGUGUGUGUGUGUGUGUGUGUGUGUGUGUGUGUGUGUGUGUGUGUGUGUGUGUGACUAUGUAACUCCACAGGACUAGAUGGUGCUUUGUGGUUGCACCCUGGACUCUUACCACUCAGUGCCGUCAUGAGUUUUGUUUUUUGGGGUGCUAGUGUGUGUGUGUGUGUGCGUGAGUGUGUGGGGGUGGGGGUGGGGAUGUGGGUGGGGUGUCAUAAUAAAAAGAGGCACGGCUCGUACCUGUUGUCGUUUUAGAAUGUGGUGAUGUCAAACUAGAGCAGUCUUAUGAUUCCCGUUCCCAAAGCCAUCUUUCCCUCUCCCCGUGCCGUUAAAAUCACCGUUGAAGCUUUUUAUGUUACAGCCAGGGCCUGGUGAGGUAAUAAAGCAGAGCUGGUGGAGUGGAAAGGGUGAACUGCUUAAAGGAUCAGAAUGGCAAUAUUUUAUAUAUUUUAUUAUUGGAAAAAAAAAUCCCACGAAAUGACCAAAACCAACAAUUUUUUUUCUGUCUCUCAAUAUGUUCCACCUUUCACAGAUUGUUUGAGUCUCUCAGCCUCAAACCCAUUUACUCCUGGAGACAUAAAUCUUAAAGAAAAGGAGUCACAGAAAUAUUCUUUCAUUUAAAAAAAAAAACAAAAAACGAAAUAAUUUCAUAAAACAGUUUUGAGCAAUACAACUCAAACAACAGUAAAUAGUGCAUUUGUUGGGGACUAUUUUCAGCUGUGGAUGUGUGUCUGGGAUACUACAAAAACAAGUCAAAUGUCCAGUGUUAGAAUAUUUAGUUUUUCAGGAAAACACAUUCAGCCUACUGUACAUGUGAUACAGUUCAUUAGAGAUGCAGAUGGCUUUGGGAUCAGGCAUUAGUGUGUCUAUGGGGGGGAGGGGGGCAGCGGGGAUACUGUGCAUGUAAAUAACCAGCCAAUGAUUGUUUUGUUGGUUACAUUUAGAAAAGGGGGGUUGCAUUAGGGGGUGGGUGGGACUGGGGGAGAGGGGUACACAUCAAAGUUUUUCUUCAUACCUCUUUCUCUUGUUCUCUCUUUUUGGAUAUCCUCAUGCUGCCAUCUUUUAACCCAUCUCCAGCUAAUUCUGCCCAUCAUCUUGCUCACUAACUACAUACACCCCUGCAGCUCACUCGCUGAUCUCCACUGGAGCGUGGCAAUAAAGGAGAGGAAAAUAUGGUGACAUGCUCUGAGUAGUUUUUGUAGCUCGGAUGGGAGACAGGAAGAGGGAAGGAGGGGGACAGGUAUGAGGCGAAGACCUUAUCGAGUGUUUGAAAUAAUAAAAAUACACUUUCUACAUUAAA